UAGAUCAUCAAGCUCCCUUCACUCGACAUCCUCAGACCGCAUGAACCGUCUCAAGUCUGAGAACGAUAAGCUGGUCAUGCAAGUCAAUAAUCUGGAAGCGAGGCUGAAGGAUAAGGACGCUCUCAUCACGGAACUCAACAGAAUACGUGACAAGCUAGUCCAGGACUGGCAGGCGGCCAAACUACGUCUGCAGGCAGAGAAGGACAACUGCGGACGGUUACAGUUGUUACUGCUCACACAUAAGGAAAGCGCGGAGACUUUGCAGAACCAAGAUUCAAACAUGAUCCAGAUCCUAAAGAAGCGUCUAGAAAGCGCGAUGCAAUCCGAGCUGGAGCUGCAACAGCGUGAGAUGCAGCACAAAGCACGCCUCGCUACGCUCGAACGCCAACUCAUGCCCUCGGGGCAGGAUGAGCCUAAUGCUAAACUGCUUCAGGCAGAGCAGGAGAAUUCAGAAAGGCUCCUUGGCGAGAUCUCCCUCCUCAAGUCCAAACUAGAAGUGGAGCGCGUCCGCGCGGGCGACGCGCUCGUCGCGCGCGACCACAGCCGCGCGCGACACCAGAAGGAGAUAGACGCCAAGACAGAACAGUGCCAUGCGUUAAGAACAGAACUGGCCGAGCUCAGAAGACUUAAGCAUGACGCUGGCGUGGAAUUACUCCGAGCUAAGGAGCUGCUGAACAUCCAGAGCGGCGCCAUCGCAGAGCUGGAACAGAAACUGGCGACGCAAGCGCAGAGGCAGAGACCUCUCAAUGAUGCCUUGACGGAAAUCGAAUCCCACAAAACGGAGUUGGCUCGCGAAAUAACCAAUCUUCGAGUGUUAGUGACGAGUCCGGAGUUGUCCGCACUGCGCGACGCGAGACAAGAAUUAUCGUCGCGCGUGCACGCGCUGCAGGACGAGCUGCGGGCGACCAACAAGGGCACUGAAGAAAAAGAUCAAGCUAUCCGCUACCUCCACAACCGCUGCCUGAAGCUGGAAAGCUGCCGCAAGGCCCUCGUAUGGCAAAAGCGAUAUCUACAGCGAGUUGUGGCCGGAUACAACGAACUGGAACGUAGCCUACGGUUAACGCGCACACCUGAGCGGAGCACCGGCAAAAAGAGAUUCAAAUGCGUGGCUACGUGCGUGAUCGUGGUGCUGCGAAUGAGUUUCCUGGUGCGGCGGCGCGCGCAGCUCCGCGCGUUGUCUGCCACCGCUAUCCUGCGCCCGCGCACCGAUAAUACUCCGUCGUCCGCGAGGUCCACGGACGGCGCGCCGGCCUCGCGGCCCCGGCCCGGCCCCCGGCCCCGCGCGCGCGACACGCUGGCGCGGAGGGUCCUCGACCACGACCGGACGCUGCAGUCGCCCGCUACACCGCAGCUGGGUGACUUCAUCCGUCGGUCCUACAGCUCCAACUCACAACAUGACGACUCCUUCGAGCUAAGUACUCCCCUUGGCGGCACCUCGGCCUACCGGGACAAGCUGGGCCUCGUGAGCCGCCGCCUCCACCACGCCGUGGACGCCUCCCGAGACGUGCCUUGAUGACGCCGAGCGUCACGUCACAUCGCCAAGACGUGACGUCACAACACCGAGCGUCACAACACACGGCGAACAGUCCAGCGAACGUACUGGAGUUUACGCUAAUUCUGUGCGAACUUAGCGUGGCCGCGCCAUAACUUGGCGGGCAGACUUGGCUCAAACGAAAUCUAGCAUUGGUCGCGAAUAUUUCAAAAAAAGAGUCACGUGACCAGUUGUGUCGGGGCAGGUUCGUUCGCAUCGUGAAAUUAUCUAAACAGCCAAAAUAUAUUAUCUAGCCAGUUAGCAAAAUGUCUUUUGAAGUUAGUUUCACUUUUAAUUUAGACUUGAUUAACCAAAUAUUUUGGUUUAUAUUUUGUAAACUGGCUAUUGUUUUAGAUAAGUUCAUGAAUGGUAGAAGUAAUUUAUUUUCAUAUUUUAUGAUGUAUGACUGGUGCGGAAUCUUAUAUGCUGACAUAUUGUACUUAUCACGAAUUGACUCCUAUCUUGCCUAUUGAUACGAAAGUUGUUUCUGCUAUUCCUACUUUAUUUUCGGUCGUGUAGAUAAAGUGCGAUUUUAUAACUUUCAAGAAAAUAGCGCACUCCCAUCUUAAAAGCCGGUAGCGCUAUUGCAACCUUUAGUGUUCAUGGCCGACAGUAUUGUGUACCACCUGCUUAUUUAAAUUGCCUCUUACAUAAAAAACAAUCUUUAUCUGAUUAUUGCUGGGCCUUAUAUUUGAUGUGAAUGAUAUGUCGGCAUUUGAAGGUUCUAAUGUUGCAUUUUAUUUAUAAAUGAAUCCCAAUGCAUUUCCAUAUGAUUGGCCAGAAAUAGACGUAAGUAUUAGAAUAGUGCCAAAUUGAAUUAGUUUUAUUUGUGUUACUUAAUUUAUGUUUAAAUUAGAUAAGCGUUGGAAAUCGUUCCAUGUUUCGGUUGUUGCCACUCCGCCUAUUUGUUUUUUUUUUGUAUGUAUGUAUGAGAGUGGAUUGUAUGUAAUAUUUAAUAUCGGAAACCUUGUCGUCCUACCUUGCCUUAGUACAGUUAGAUUUGAAAUUAUCAAAGCGUUCAAAAAUGACGAUAAAAUAAUGUCAUUAUAAAUUUCGCUAUGAUAUUUUGUGUCUAUAACUAUGGACUUUAGAAUAAUUCUUUACAUACACUAUUUUUGAUUCAAAUUUUAAACAAUUGUAGAUGACAUAUUAUAUUAAUGACAUUUCUUACAUAAUUUAAUGUGCUAAGAUUUAAUUAAAACACAAUAUAGACUGGUAUUUAAGCAUUGCACGUCGUUGCAAAAACAGCCUUGCUCGAUGCACUUAAAGUUCAUUAUUUACUGACAUACCAGUCUUGAAGUCCAGUUUACAGGAAUACAUUUGGUCAUUGACCUCUUGUAUCUCUAUCAUCACAAAUAUACUCGUCUCUCUCACACACAUAAGGCAUAUCUAUUCAGAGUUAGCUUGUGUUCUUUAUAAACUUUCUUUAGAAUUAGAAUUAUUUUUAGUAUCAAAACACUUAAGUAGAAUUAGAUAGCAAUGACCAAAUUUCUUCCUGUAUUCAUUUGGAGGAUAUAACCAAAUGGAGACGCUUUGUCUGUAAUUUUCUGACAAUUUUUGCGGGGGAGGGGCGCGUCAAAUGUAUACGUAACCACAAUAAAUAAUAGUAGUUGGUACAGAAGGUUCACUCUCUAACAAAACGCGUCUAUCACGACAGAUAUGACCGCUAGGUGGCGCUGAGCAGGCCGUUCCGUAGCGGUGCGCGGCAACCACUAUGGCUAGACACCAAAAUUGGUGUGGGUCGCAUGUACUUAUAGCGACGCGACGAAUUCGCGGAGUGAGCCACGCCUGACGUGACGUAAAAAUAGCCGUGUCAGAUAAACGUUAGUCCAUACAAUGUGUAUGACCAUUGGUCAUAGUUUCGACAGAGGAAAACGUCGGUUAAUGGCUACUCCGUUUGGUUAUAGGUGUAUUCGUUAAAAUAGCAAUUGCAUUAUAAUUUUUAGAUUUCGGACACACGAAAGUACAAGUUAGUAUAAGUUAGCGACUGACUCGACCGAACGAUCUAGAGCUCUAUUACGAACGACAUAGUGGCGUUAUUUGCAGGUCCGAGUGAAUUGUUAUUAACGAACAUAUUUUAUGACUAACUGAUUGAUAGAAUACCUUAACUCACGUGAAUAAGGUUUAGUUUUUGUUAGUUUAUCGCGUCAAUGGAACGAGUUAAAAGCUACAAUCUUUUAACCGGAUUUUCAUAAACGAUAAUUGACUUUAUAUGUGCCAUUUUCAACCAAAAGGGUACUUAUUGUCGCUUAUCAAUAAGGCGCCAUUUCCAUAUAGCGACAAUGUGGUACCUUUUGGUUGAAAACGUCACAUAUUUUCAGUUUUGUAGUACAGUCAGCAUCAAAAACAGCGAAAAAAGCGAAAGAAAAUAUUUUCAGUACUUCAUGUAUUUCUAUUGCCGACUGUGCUUCCAGUAUUAUCUAUAAAACUAUGUAUUUAAGUUAUUUUUCCAAUUAAGAUAAGAUAAGAUAGUUAUCUUAUUAUCUUAUCUUUCUUAUUAUUUUUCCAAUUGUAUGAAUUAUCAAUGACCUUUUGUGCAGGUAUAUUUGAAAUGAACUAUGAUAUCUAGAUAAUAGUUGUUCGCUAAUAAUAAUUUAUUUUUUUAACUAUAGACAAUAUUUUGUAAGCCAAAGCCAACGAAAGUAUUACGAAAGCUGUGUACCUAGAAAUUUAACUUAAGGCAAAUUCCACUACAUUUGUUAAACCUUUCUAGAAAAUCUAGUGAAUACUGAUCAAUUUAAAUUAAUAUUUAAACAUAAAAAUAAUGCUCAAGACUUUCUAGAAAAUGGUUGCUGUUUGUAUAUGUACGGUCAGCAGUAAAAGUCACGCGUCUUGUAAAAAAAUUGGUUCACGUUUAUAAUUGUCAAUAAGACACAUUUGCAAGUCGAAUAAAAUGCUCUCUAAAAGUGUACUUUUGUUGUUGACUGUACGCAUGUUAAACUGUCAGUGUGCAUUUGCCUUUAUCUUUCCGAUGGCACAAACCUGUUACAGUAUUGGCGUAUUUGAGGGACCAAAAGUUCACGUUGCAUUCAGAAGACCUUAUCAUAAAGAGAUAAUGUCCAUUUUGUAGUGGCAAAAGUAUCAUGGAUCAAUUUAAUACCAGAAAUUAUAAUCAUGUUAAUAAUUCUGUUUUAACCCUUGAAUGCAUAGUGAUGUAUGUAUGUACACAACAAAAAACAUAUAAUUUUAUGCAUAAUUAGGUAAAAUCUAUUUGGUCCUGUAUAAUUAUUAUGAUCGUAAAUUAAUACGCUUUCCGUCGUUUUAUUGAAAUUUGCGCAGUAUUUAUGUUUAAAAAAAAUUACAUUUCUUUUAACACGAAAUGGCGGAAAAUUGGGAAAAUUUUAUGAUUUUUAGUAUGUAAUUUAGGCGGUUUUUUGGGGUUUGUAAUUAUUUAUAUUUAAAAUCUUUAUUAUAGGUAUAUUACAAAUAGUAUAAAUUUCUAAUGGUAGUAAGAUUUUUUAUAUCUUUUACCAAUAAUUGUAUAAAUUUACAUAAAUUAUUAUUUACCCUAUGUAAAUUCUAAUACUGGUUAAGCAGUGAAAAUCGAUGUUUUAAUUUAUAUUUUUAUUUUUCCUAGAAUCAGUAAACAAGUAUGUAAGACAUAUAUUAAUUUCCGGCAAAAAGAAAAAAUCAUGCAUUUAAGGGUUAAAAUGGUUUGUUAAAUUAAAAACCUUAUUCCAACAAGAUAAAGUUCAAAUUUCAAUGCGAACUCGAAAUCCCUCGAUAAUUGACGCAGCGUAAAGAAACUACACUCAAUAUGACCAAAGAUUUAUUUUAGUAAGCUAUUUUAAUUUAGUCUUGUAAUCGACACGCAACGAACAAAGUGGGUACUUCGGUAGCACGGUGACCGCACUUAUUACAUUGACAACAAUUUUUACUAACAUACCAAUAAAAGUAAAGUUUAGUUCAACCAAUUUACGCAGAAUAAAAUACCAACUAUGCCUUAAUUAAAUGCAUUGUAAUAAGGUUUUAAGCACUGGUAUUACCGAACCGAAUACCGAAAAACCCUACUAAUAUUACUAACAGGACCACCAAGUGUCUAGUCACAGCAGCAGUGCCAUAGCUCUCUAGACAUGACAGAACUAUAAUAAAUUAAUAUUUUGUA